ACAUGGGUGUAUACAUGUACGUGUAUACUGUACAAUGCAUCACAAAAAGCUUUACCACAAACCAGGUGGCAGGUGCAAUCAUAGAACAACAGUGAAAAUUCCCCUACUAGUACAUGUACAUGUACGGUACUACAGAGCUAAAAUGAAGCUCUGUGGUAAGACCAAAACAUGUGUUGUCACUAUAGUGAAAUGCAUACUAUUGUACUAUGUACAUGGACUUGGUCUGCGCUGAUAUGUACUGGUACAUGUAGUAAGGUUCUCUAUAAAUGAGCUAGCUAACAACACAAAAAAAUGGAAAUCACAACCUCAAAGCCAAGUUUCACUUUUAGAAAAAUCUUUUCAUUAUUUUUCCCAUUAUUUCUUCAGCAGCUUGCAAUGAACAAAAUUCCCCCAGGGUUGACUGAAAACCCAGGCUAAUUGAUAUGCCUCACACACCCUAGGCUACAUAGCUGACAUUCCACAGAUACCAAUUUGCAUAGUUAUCCAAACAAGCCCCAGAGUAGGGUUGAUAGGGACCUCAUCAUUGGCUGGCACAAAUGGUUGGUGGUAUGUUUGCCGAGACUGGAUUGGUCAAGGUAGUUAGGUUGGUUUGGACAUGGUUGGGAGAAGCAUGCUCCAGGAGGAAAUGGAGGCUUUUAUUGCAUCAACAACCUGUAUGACCACAGAUUGGAUGGGUUAGUGAGGCAAGUGUGCACUGUACUUGGAGCAUACUUGAGGUUGAAUUGAAGGGUGGCUUGUCAUUUGCUGCCACAUGAUUUUUGGAGCCUGUCCUUGAUAAUUCAGCAGUUUGUCUCCUUGCAAGUUAAUAACAGGUUUAGAAUUCUCAGGCUAGCCUUGGAAGCUAAUAACUCUUUGGAAUCAUCUUGUCAACAUUGGUUCUUGGAUGUUUUUGCAAAGUCUGAGGAUGGAAACACUGACCUACACUCAGCUGUUGCCGUGUUUUGAUCCAAUGAGGCUGGCAUUUUAUGAAGGUAAUGCAGCACUACAUUCAGAAGAUCUUAGGUCAGAAGUCUCCAAGGAGCUACCAUCCCGCAUCAACAGACAAAGACGCAGCACAGAGAGAAGAGAACUCUCACAAGUUCUGAGGUUUGAUGACCUUCACAAUGUUGGCAACAGGUCAGCUGCAGCAACUAUGAUGGAUGAUACAGCAGCAGCAGUAUCUACAAGGUGUACAGGAACACAAACAGAAAUCACAACCAUGAGAUUAGAAGACCAUGAUGCAGGUGUUCCUGAUGUGAAUCCAGCACUCCCUACUCCAAGCUCUUCAUACCUCACCCCGUCUCCCACCCUUCUUCCCACCCCAUCUGGUAGUGGUAAGGAGACACAACAGGUCCGACCCUCUGUCAUCACCUGUGCUCCAUCACAGCCAAGAGAGGGCAGCAUCCGGGAAGGACUCUGUAACACAAAUAAUCCAAUGUAUGGGAAGACCAAUGGAUAUACAUCAUCUACAUCCACACAUUCGACGAAUUGCCAUCGCCGAGAAAUUUCACUAGGUGUUUGUGAUCCUGUGAUUGAGGAGCAUUUUCGGCGUAGUCUUGGUAAAGAUUACAAGGAGAACUAUGGGGCCUCAAAAUCAGCCAGUUCUACAGAGGGCGUUGUCACUAUGAUUACAGGGUCUGUAGAUGACCACUUUGCCAAAGCUCUAGGUGAUAAGUGGCCACAGAUUAAGAACGUAAUGGAACCAUCAAGUCAGUCACCCCCAUCCUCACCUCGACUCGUUCAUCCAACCUCAGUCAUGUCCACAUAACACGUGUUGUCAAAGUAGAGAUUCAAUUUUCCACUCUUUUGCACAAUGUAAGGUUGAUAUCAGCCAUGUCUGGAUUGUGCAAUUCCACAUCAUUUGCAUAGUAUAAUUAGUGAUUGGAAAUCUUACAAGAACUUCGUGUGGAUUUCUAUAGUUUUGGUCUAGACGUCAUGGGGCUCAUUAAUUGAAUGCCAUUAGGAAUGGCUUGAUUGCAUGGUAAAAAUCAAACAAAUUUUGAAUUUAAGAGGUAAAAACGUUUCCAAACCCUUGUCAAAGAAACCAAAAGGAAACUUCAAAGUUCUGUAAGAGUUACUUGCUGUUGGCAACACUCGGUUUCUAAAGACUAAAUAUACCUUAGUGCGGGCACAUAGCAAACAAUGCUAAGAUCACGACCAUUCUUCACAAGAAUUUUUGUUUGCCCGCAAAAUGGCCUGAGUAUGUCGCAUUAUCAAUUAUACCUGCCCUUUUCGUCUUGGUGCCCAAAUUAUGAAUCCAAGACUGAACUGAUGACAUUUACUGAAAUGGUUAUAAUGCAUUAGAGAUUUAAUAAGAUCUGAAAUUGCUACAUUAUUAUCUUAGUUACAAUGAUAUGGCCAUGUUGCAUACAGUGAAGCAUAAGAACAAACAUAUUUUGCCAAAAUCUUUUGGAAACUCAGAAUUCAGUAUGGUUGUGUUAACCAAGCUUACAUAUCGUUUUGCUUUGGGGCUUAAUAUAAGUGUAUCAGUAAUUUAUGACCCAACAAAAAUUAACAUAUUCUGAAAAUGUGUUUCUUUUGUAAGUGCACGAUGUAUGCAUGAAGCGGAGAUUUGGUGUAAAAAAGACAGCAUAGAUACAUUGUGAAGAUGCAAUGUAACAUAACAGUAUACACACACAUGGUACGUGUAGGCACAAAAUGGUGAAAGAUUUUCUUCUGCAUACAUGGGAGUGUACAACAUAAAGUCAAUACUUUUGUCAGUUCGCUUGAUUCUACAAGCAUGAGCAACCACACAUUAUUUUAGAUGUGAUCCCACUGUGAAUGUUCUGACUAGACUUUAUUGAAGUGCCCAUUCAGUGUAAUGAAGCCUUAUAUUGUCAGUCGGGUCUUUAAGUAUGUUAUAUUCAAUGUAACCUUGUGAGAAAACAAACCUUGACAAAUUAUGACCAAUUUCAAUGAAGAGAUAAUUACCCUUUUCCUUCACUAAAUAUAUAGGAAAUAAAUGAUUGUACAAUGUAUUUAUAUAUAUAUUUGAAUCCAAUGGUCGUAUCUGCGAUUGAUUUCAAAUCAGUGUUAGUUCCUUCAUGAUACCUCGCAUGUUUACUGAAAUGACCCUUCCAGAGUUUCUUCAAGAAUGCUCUGAAAUGUUUCCCAUCAACAAGUAACAAUUCUGAUGUAUCCUCUACUAAACUCGGUAGAUGUCUUCCCCUUUUUCAAAUCUUUUCCCAACCUUUUCUUCAGUCGCCCACAAAUUUAAGUAGCCUUUUGGCCAUGUAGUAGGCAAUAAAAUGUAUUAAAUAGGAAACCUUUGUUACAUUCAUAGUGAAUGUGUGAAAAAUAUAUGCACACAUUUCUGUAAAAAUUAGUGAUUAUUUUUGUAAAUAAAUUGAUUUAUUGUGUGGGAUUAUAAACAGGAAUAAGUUUGUUAGUUUUUUGGAUCAUGUGGAUAGUAAAAGUGAGUUAUUUCAAGAAUGUGUUUGUCAGUCAGAGCCUUUUGUAAAAUGCAGGGUCUAAGUAACUGGAUAAAGAAAAUCGUAAAGGAAAUGUGUACAUAAUAGUGAAAUAUUUAACGCAUUCCUAAAAUUCUUCAUUAUAAUUGAGAAACACUGUGAAAAUUCGUGUAGGCUUAUUAUGGGCAUGUCAAAUGAUUGCAUGUGUUUUGUCGAUCUUUAUUCAGCUAUGAUCUCUUUUUGUAAUGCCAAUGUUUCCUUUACUUUUAUUCUAAGGCUGCGAUACAUUCUACUGAAAGAAAGACCAAAUUAUCAUACCUACAUGUACGUACAUACAUGCAUUUUGCAUCAAUUGAAAUCAAUUACUUUUCAUUUGAAUUUAAAUCCAGAUGUAUUUAAAGAAGCAAGAUACUAAAGCCUUUGUCAUUAUUUAGAGGCUUACAAUAAGUGAAAGCAUUAGGCAGUAGAAAUCUAUUUCCAGAUUUUUGCUUCUUACAAAAGCAAUGUGAAAGUGCACACUUUAGGGCCGACACUUAAUUCAUUGGACUCUGCUACUGAAGUAACAGUGACAGCUACAAAUUCGCAGAGCAAUAAUUCAUAGUUUUAUAUUCCAUGUCAUGACACAGAAUCCAUUUAUGUUUCUGUAUAUAACUGUAAUUAUAUAUUGCAAAUGUGCAUUGUAUAUAUCAGUAUACAAUACAAAUAUUUUAUAUCUAACAAAUCUUUUCCAAAUAAUUUCGUAGGUGUUCUCUGUGAUGCAUUUUACAACUUAAAAUGGAAAUACUAAUGUAUAAUUUCAAAACCGAGAGAAACUGAUGAAAUCCAGGAAAAAAACCCACUUAUAUAGAAUCUCUAAGUGAUAUGCUUCAGUCAUUUUAUGAUGGAAAUGGUUAAUUAUUAGUGUAAUUUGUAAAUGAUAUAAAGUAUGCAUGUUAUACAUUUUUGUGAGAGCCAGUUAUUUUCUUAUGUAAAUAUUACUAAUGCAUAUCUAGUCCAGUUAAUAAGGCCCUGUCUUGAAAAUUAGCGAGAGAUAUUAAAUUUUCCAGUAAAUGUGAAUAGAA